AUGUACAAUUUACACAGAUCACAAAGGGAAGAAAAACAAAACAGCAGAUCAAGAAAACCCCCCAGCGACGCGCCGUCGUUCUCCUCCACGCUCCUGGACGAAAUCUACCGCUCGAUCGACGGCGGACCGGAAGAUUUCACGGCCCGCAGAGAAAAUCCCGCAGGCUACCGAAACAAGACCAACAUAAUCGAAGACGAGGAUAAAGCGAGCCUCCGAAGGGCGUGUUUGGUCGAGAAAUGGAUCGAAAAGGCCGCGCCCAAAGGAAACGCUCUGAAUCCCGCAAUAGACAAAAACACCGAUUUAAUUUACUUCAGCUCGACGUCAAGCUCCAAUUCCGACAGCUCGGGCGCCCUCUCGUCGUCCGACACCGAAUUCUUCGCCUCCCGACCCGACCCGAAGGUGUCCUGCUUCUCGACCCGGCCCAAGCCCGUCCGGACCACCGGCAAAAGCAAAAACAUUUAUAAUAAUAACGACGAUGAAGAAGACGAGCUUAUGAUCAAGUACAAAUCACGCGCCCUUAAGCUCUACUCCAAUUUGAAGAAGGUGCAGACGCCCAUCUCGCCCGGCGGCCGCCUGACAAGCCUCAUCACUUCGAUUUUCAGCGGCAGUGCAAAUUUAAAGAAGUCAAAAAAUGGCCGGGAGCUCGAAAAGCCCUCGAGGUCGUGUCUGAGCAAGGACUCGCCGGGGUCGAGGGGUGGUGGGGCCCACCGGACGGUGAGGUUUCAUCCGGUGAGCGUGAUUGUUGACCAAGAUUCGAGGCCAUGUGGGGAGAAGCGCACGUGCGGUGGUGGUGGGGGUGUUGCACGUGGGAAACCCCCAUUGCCUAUGGUUAGGCCACUGGGGGAUGAAUUGAAAUUGGGGAAAUCGGAGAAAAAUAGGAAAGUUGAGAUGGGUGUGAGAAAUGAGAGGAAAGGGUAUAUUGGUCAUAAAACGAUGGAUGAUUUUCUGGGUAAGAUUAACGGUCGGGAUCACGAGGAUGAUGAUGAUGACUGUGAUGGGAUAAGUGACUCGAGUUCGGAUUUGUUCGAGCUCAACCACUUUGCGAUGUUUGCAGACGAUACGUUUUGUGAGGAGCUCCCAGUUUACGAGACUACUCGAUUGGACACGAAUCGUGUGAUCACCGGCCGUUUGAUUCUGUCUUAA